AUGGGUCGCGGUGGAGUGGGACGCGGAGACGAGGGAGGAGACAAGGAAGAAAGACAGCAGAUGCCACGGUGGGAGCCGGUUGAAGCGAGGCUUACCUCAAUAACUCCUUGUAGAAAAGGACUGAGAAAUCCUACCGGUUCAAACGGCUCUUACGAUAUCUUUAAUAACAUUAUUUUACAAGAAAGUAAUUAUAGUAGUAAUUAUGUAAAGAGGAGCAAAUCGGGCGAGAAGGGCACGAGCUGUCAGCAGGUCGCGGCGCCGCUGUCGUUGCCGCUGCCAUUGUCGCCGUCGUCGCAGGUGGCGACGAGCCCGAUGGAGCCGAUUUGCCAGCCGAGCGGCGGAGGGGGCUUCGGCCGUUGGUUGCGCGAACACCUUAGUGUCAAGGGUGCCGAGGGUAAGACGGCCAAGCACCAACAGCAGCACCAACAGCGGAACCAAUUACCCUCCCAGAAUCUCUACUGCAGCCUGCCGAGGGAGAAGCCGAACGGCAGGAGGCUCGAUCACCGCAGGGCUUCCUGCCGGAUUACGAGCGAGAGGUCGCUUCUGGAGGAAGAGGCCGCGGCCUGCAAGAGGAAGUCCAGGGCCGCAGCGAGGGCCGAGCGCAGGAGGCACUCGAUGAGCGAGUUACAGAGCGAUCAACAUCGGGCCAGGCGCAAUCGCAGGUGUUUCCCGGAUGGCGCAGAGUCGGGUCGCAAGAUGACGACGGAACUACAGCCGUCGCCGCCUGGAUAUCGGGCUGGCGGGCAGGAUGAGUGCCUGGCCCCGGUAAAGCUGUACCGGGGAGGCCAGUGCCAGCUCGGAUAUGGGGAGUACCGGCGCUCGCCGCCCGAGCCCGAGCCCAAGCCGAUCAUGGGGAAGGGGGAAGCCGCGGACAUCGCGGCGAAUAUCGCCGCCAACAUUGCCGCCAACAUCGCCGCCAACAUCGCCGACGCUUACGAGGACCGACAUAACUACCGGAAGAAAAAUGCCCACGGCUAUAAGAAUGAUAGCGGGUACAGCGAGAGCCUCGGCUUCGAGAGCUUCAGUCUGCCUCUUACCGAGCGUGACGCGGCCUCGCCGCCCCCGACGCCCCCGGUGCGCGACGCAUCCAGCCUCAAGGGCGUCUGCUACGGGCCCGGGCACGAGAAAUACCCGUCCUGGCCGAGCGGACCUGAGUGCCGGUACAUCGGGCCCGAGGAUGACGUGGAGCCCGAAGGCUCGACGAGGGCCGGCCUGCAGCAGUACGGCGGCUCCCAUCGCUCAAAAUCCUGGACCGAUCACACCAAUUAUCCCAAGGAGAAGCCGGCGCAGUACACGAGGCCCCAUACCAAGAGGCCCAACUCCACUUUUACGCAACAGUUGAAGACAGUGAUGGAGAGAUGCGAAAAGAUCCCAGCGGAGACUUACGAGUCACGCGCGCGUAAUGGCGUCGAAGGUGAACAGCAUCAGCAGUAUCAACAUCAGCAUCAGCUACAGCUACAGCAACAGCAAGAACAUCACCAUCAACAGCACCAUCAGCAGCAGCAGCAGCAGCAGCAUCAUCAUCAUCAGCAGCAUCUGAGAAUGUGGCCGAGUGUCGAUCGGGAAGGCAAGGCUCUGGGAGACGCCGAGUACGUCGUACCCUCGCCGCCCGAGCGGGAAACCCUUCAGGCAAAGACCCUCAGCCCUACCGAUCUCGAGGCUUACGUAAGGAGUUACCAAGAUCCACGAGUCUCACAGGUUGAACUUUAUGGGGAAAGUGACUUGACUCAGGCGGGACUCUCCCAGCAAGCGAGUUACGCCCAAUCGGAGGGUUACCAUAGUUACGUCUCCAGCGUCGAUUCCACCACGACAACCCCGUUCCUCGACAGAUUACGAAGGGACAGCGAGGCAGUAUCUCAGAGGCCGCUGACCUCCUGGGAGGACGGCUCGUCGUCGCGGGAGGGUCGGGACAGCGUUGUCACUACCUCGAGUGGCAGCGCAUCCAGCAGCGAGACCCUCAAGUGGCACGGCUCCCUGUCCGACGUCAGCGUGUCCAGCGGGAUGCCGAUCUCCCGGUCGUCCGGUAUUGCUCAGGAUCGCUGGCAUCACGGCUCCCUCUCUGACAUCAGCAUCAACGGCGGCCUCUGCCAGCCGAUAAUCCCAAAGCCCGGAGUGGAGGAGCGCGACAAGUGGCAGGACACGAUUAUGAGCGACGUCGGCAACGUCAUCGACCGCCACCAGGGCCAACGUAACAACGACCGCAAUAGUAGCAACAGCAGCAGCAGUAGCAUUAGCUGCGGCAGCGUAAACAAUAACAACAACAACAAUAAUAGCAACGACAACGGCAUUGGUAACAACAGUAGUACGAAGAGUAGCGGCGGCGGCGUCGACGGUGGCGGUUGUAGCAUGUCGAUGAACGAUAGGAACAAGGAGCACGGAGCUGCACCGUCCGCCGACGAUAAAGCACAAUGGGAUCAUAGUAAUCGCUCGAUGUCCAAGAGCUUUCACGCGGUGACGGACAGGUUGAGCCACGUUAUCAGCGAUCGGAGCCCCGCCGAGUGGGAGCACUCGAUUCACAGCUCCAUGUCCGACGUUAGUCAAAUGAACGGAAAUGGGGGAGCAGCUCAAGGUAGCAAGCAGUUGAUCGCUCAUAGCGCUCGAGUUCAGACACCCCAGAGGCACCAUUCCGAGAGUGUAUUGUACUUGGACCGCGAGAGGAGCCAGAGGAAGUUAUAUCCCCAACAGCAACAGCAGCAACAACACCACCAAUACCAACACCAGCAACAGAUGCGAUACACGUACCUGGACCCGGAGAAGCGCCAUCGCGUCUCCGACCCGACCCUCAAGGCCAUACAAAAGAAAGCCCUCCUGUCGUUCUACGAGCGCCACCAGCAUCAAGCCUCCUGGCGUUCGGAGCCUCAUCUACUCCAACAGAAUCAGCAGUCGACCCAGCAGAGACUGAGCCCGCCCCCGCAGCCGCCCCCGCGACCCAGGCCCCUCUCCUCGAGGCGCGCCUCUAGCGCCUCGGAUUACGCAGCCGGUGGCUGGCGCGAGAGGAAUUCCAUUAACGGCAAACCCUGCGGCCAGCAACCCAGCGGUAAUCCGCGUGUCACCAACGCCGGCAUCUUCGGCCCGGAUGUGCCCGGCCCGAGGCAUCAGCACAGUAAUAGCUGCGGCAGCCUUUCCACGGAUCUGCUGGGUCCGGUGAUCGUCGGCCCUGCCAUAUCCAUCGAUGACUGGGUACCCGAGCGUCCACCCAAGAAGCCUCACCUCAGAACUGCCUACAGCGACAGAAUACCUAGUCCGGAUCUCCCGCCACCUUCGCCACCAACGGUCACCGACAGCGAGGUCAUAAACUUCGAGGACCCGCUACCUCCGCCGCCGCCCGAGUUCACUCCAGCCUCGCCCAACGAAUCCGGAAAGGCAGUCGAACAACGACACGACAAUUCCCCUUUCAACGAUGCGCCCAGCGAUCGAAUCAAGGAAAGAAAUUCCUCGUCGAGAAGAUCGAGCCGCAAGAAGACGUCCGUCGAGACGUCGCCGACCAAGUCGGCAACAAAAUCCAAGCCAAUGUCGCUCGCCGAGAACCGCAACUUCCACCACGACGGCAAACCAAGCGCCGCGACGCUACCGAUAAUCGACCACAAACCAGCGAUGGACGUUUUCACGAACGGCCGAAUCCUGGCCAAUGGUCGCUCGAGCUUACGCUACUCCUCCGCCCAGAAGCACCUGAUGAAUGAGAAAAUAGCCGCAGUGAGAAGAUCCACCGAGGACAGAUUAGUGCCCUAUGGCUCGGUGAACCAGCUCCCGGAUCUAAUUGCACAAAAGUACAGCGACUCUGGACAUCAGAGGCCCGCGCCCCAGGUGCCGGUCACGAACAGUAGUGCUUGUCGGGAGGCGCAGUCGGAGCCGAAUGUCGUGAGGCAGGAGGCGCUGAUAACGGACGAGCCGAAGGGAUUGCGCCUCGACUGCUCCGCCCGACAGAAGCCCCGACCCCAGGUGCCCAAGGCCACGAGCUCCCAGAGGACCGAGACCACCGAGGCCAGCACCAGGAGUCCGCGCAACGGCCUCGGCAAGUACCAGCACCGCGACUACUUCGCGCUGCUGCCUAAAUACGGGGAGGCGACGAAGCCCCACGUGGCCCCGACCACCAGGAGCUCACCGCCCCACCCACCGCCGCCGCCUCUCGUCCCACGCACUCCCGGGAAAAGGAUAUCGCCGCCCCCGAGACCCGCGCCACUGUUGCAUAAUAUGCAUCAAGGCAGCUACAAAUUAGUAUUCGGCUAA